UUGGCCUAACUACACAUGAACCCUGCUAAUGGGCCUAGCCCGCCUGUGAACGGGACCGGCCCAUGCAGAAGUGGAAAUGCUCGGGGAAACGGCGUGGGCCCACAACCUCGCAGAUUGGAGAGCACGCCCACCAGCUUACUCGUCUCCAUCGACGACGGGAAGAGGAAGGACCGGAAGGCGGAGAGGGCAGCAGAGGCAGAAGCAGAAGCGGCAGCCAUGGGCGUGAUGGAUAAGCUCAAGAUCUUCGUGGUGAAGGAGCCCGUCGUCGCCGCAUCUUGCCUCAUCGCCGGAUUCGCAGCCGCCACCCCCAGUACCGGACCAGAGCGAGGCGACGCCGCGGCACCUCAUCUCCGGCGAAGGGAAAUGGCGACGGUUCCAGGGGAUCUGAUCUGGCAGAUUGUUAGGAAGAACAACUCCUUCCUGGUGAAGCAGUUCGGCAACGGCCAUGCCAAGGUGCAGUUCACCAAGGAGCCUAACAACCUCUACAACGUGCACUCGUACAAGUACUCCGGCUUGGCGAACAAGAAGACCGUGACAAUCCAGCCUGCAGCUGGAAAGGAGUCUGCUGUGGUCCUCUCGACGACCAAGACCAAGAAGCAGAACACACCUGCCAAGCUCAACCACAAGUCUGUGAUGCGCAAGGAGUUCCGCAAGAUGGCCAAGGCUGUGAAGAACCAGGUUAGCGACAACUACUACAGGCCUGACCUAACCAAGCCGGCUCUCGCUAGGCUGAGCUCCGUGUACCGCAGCCUCCAGGUUGCCAAGUCUGGCGUCAAGAAGAAGAACAGGCAGCCUAAGCACUAAGCUUGUGUUUUGUUGAGGGUCCUGUUGGUGCUCAAUAGUCCCAGCUUAUUAUCUUUGUUCCGACAGUUUUGAGACUUGAAGUGAGACUUGUUAGAACUAGAGCUACCUUGUUAAAGCUGCUGCUGUGUGUCGUUCCAUAAUCACAAAUUGCUUGCACUUGAUGAUUGCAACUUUAUUUUGCAUACUUGCUGCGCAUGAUUA